AUGGCGACUAAGCAAGCCCAUCUCGCUCUCUUUCUCUUCCUCUUCCUCUUCUUCUUCUCCUGUUUGGCUUUGUCCCUGCUCGCGGAUUCAUCGGAAAACAUGGACCUCGCCGGAGACGGCGGCCUCAUAGAUUCUGAGGAGGGGGAGGAGAUGACGAUGGACUCGGAAUCGUCGAGGAGAAUGCUGUAUCGUCGACUCGGAAAAUACGUAAGCUACUACAGCAUCAUUGAGAUGGACAGCGUCCCGUGCGACCGCCGUGGCCAUUCUUACUAUUCUUGCAUGUAUCGCGGACCCGUCCGCCCCUACAUGCGCGGUUGCAGCAGGUUCACCAAAUGCCGUAGUAGAUUCCGCCGUUAG